CGUUUUCUUGGCGUUUUCCUAACCGAAAAGUAGAAACUUAACAGAAAGAAUGAACCAACAAACAAUAGGGGCUUUUUUAUUAGUAAUUCCCUUGUAUUUCUCGUAUUCACCGUAUAUAUAUUAUUUUUGUAUUGUAUGUUUCUAUCUACCUGACCAAAAAAAUAAUAAUUACGAAUUCCAACAGUUAAGGAAGCAUAAGUGGAAACUUAGUUGCACUUAACCUCAGGACAUUAAAAUAUAACUCAAGAAUAAAUGUAACAUACAGGACCACAUAAUGUAUUGCAUACAUCUCCUCGACCACCUUUGUCUUCCAGCGGUGUCUGACCUCAGAAUGACCCACGCAGGGCAAGCAAGGAGGGAUCAAAAAGGUCACAGGGGGGAAUCGGUGCCUGACAUUCCAAAGACAUCUGUUUUGUUGUUUGUUUUCUCUCGCAAGAGACGCGGAGAGAGAGAAGGGAGUCACGUUUAAGUUAGACACACACAGCGAACGAGCAGUCUGGGUUGAGUCGUGCUCAGUCUCGCAACUCGGCGUGCGACGCAGCGUUGCGACGGGGCUCGCAAGAGAGUUGGGGCAGAUCGUGCCUCGAGGAGAGAUGGAACGAGGAGGGGUCGUUCGAGUCGCAGAAGUCUGAGUUCAACCUGGGUCGGGGCUGGGUUUCAGCCGUGCUCCGGCUGGCGGAGCGUCGUGAGGAAACGAAACACCGAUGCUGAUAGCAGAUGUCGCUUCUCGCAGAACGAAGUUAAGUGCGAGUAAAGCUGGCAGCCGCACGAACAAGGGGAAGCACGGAGCAGAGAGAGAGUGACGAGUGACGACAAGCAAUCAACCUGUAAAAGGGCGGAGAUCGCCAAGCGUCGACCAAGCGAGCAAAGCAGAGAGCGCGAAGCAGUGGAGGAAGCCUGGUCAAACGGCUGCGAGGGAGAGGACAGCGCCAUCGAAUGCGCCGUGUGCCUGAGGGCACACCGACCAACGACCAGUGUGAACACACAAGACGUCCAGAUCGACCAAGCGAGCAUCGUGCCGACUCAACAAUCAAUCGAGCAGUGGAGAAGCUGGGGGCUGCCACCAAGAAAGCGCGUGCGCCACCUUGCGCCACCGUGCCACCCUGCGCCACCCUGCGCCACCGGGCGCCACCGUGCGCCACCGAGCGACACCGAGCGACACCGAGCGACACGAGCGACCGAGCAUCUUCAAGGAGAACAUCGUGCCAACGCCGCUCAAUCCAGCAGUGGAGAGAGAGAGAGAGAGCAAAAGCCGAGCGACACGCCGAGCGAGGGAGCAGCAGGAGCUUGCGGCGGCCACGCCCAAUCGAGAGGAACACCUGGCCGCUGUUUGUAUCCUCCUACACCACACAAGCUAACGACACAAUUAAUAUUACGAGGGGACAACGCACACACAGCACGCACACGAAUAAGACUUUAAAAGAAAAACUGUCUUUGCGUUUCAAAAAGGGUUGCCAUUUCGAGGUGGUGCGUUCAAUAUCAACUGAUCGUGCAAAGCAGUUGCUGCCGUCGAGCUGCAUGAAUAAGAAAUGUUUAGUCAUUCAUUUUCGUUAACUGCAUAAUUUCGCCAAUGAUGAAGUAUUUUUAGUCAUUCAAUUUCGUUAAUUGCAUAAGAUUGCCCAUGAAUUUAUUGACGUAUACUCGCUUUCGCAUACUAGAGUGUCAUGUGCUUGUUUAGAAUUAAAAUUGCUUAACACCAACUGUUCGAGUGCUUCUUUCCAAGUCCAUGCAAAACUGUCUUAUUCUUGACAACUGUAUCCUGUGAUGAGAUCUGAACCUGGAGAAUUAAAAUAUUAUAACACACACUAGGAUAAUCGGUAAAUGAAUCUAUGAUAAUCGUGUUAUCCUGAUUGAUAACCCUGGAUAAACGAAACUAAGCAAAUUAUCGUAACUGCACACAUUAACAUAAUCGCAAGCCUCAGCAUAAAAUACUACGAUUAUCAUAAUUUAUGCAUAUAAUCACACGCAUUAUCAUGAUUUAUGCAUAUAAUCACACGCAUUAUCAUAAUUCAUGCGUAUUAAUACACACACUAUCAUAAUUAAUGCGAUUUGCGCAUUUUUCGGAAAAUUAUUAAUUUUUAUUAUUUUCAUCAAAAUUUCAUAAUUCCGACACAUACAACAUAAUGGGUGGCCCGUCCGGGAUCUCUCACAGACAGUGUUUUGCAUGGAUGAUGGAAUGAACCACUACGUGUUAACCAGAAUAUCGGGAUCGAACAUUGCAUGGUGAUUAUAAACGGGCGAAAAAAAAAAACGCCCUCUAAGGUUAAAACCCAGAAUAGCAGGUUGAAACAGAGAGUGGAAUUAAGAUAAUACCGUAUCAAACCGAUUGCAUCCUGUGAUAAAUGGUGUUAGAGGUACGCACUCUGAAUCGGAAAAGUACAGGAUAGCUCGAGUCAAAUUGACUACACUCUGUGAGAUAAUUGUUUUAUAUGCACUCUGAAAGGGAAUGUCAAAGUAACUCCCGCCACACUUUUGAGAUGCUGGGAUUAAGAAUAAUUUUUGAAUGGGUUACGGGAUACGGGGAGCUCGUAUUUAAACGUACCGACCAAUCUGUUACAAAGCAUUACAGUCAGAGAGACAUAUGGGAAGGGAGCUGUAUCGAUAACACGAACACACCUCGGGGGAAACUAAUUGACUGGAUAAAAUGUAACGAAGGCGAACACGAUGCAAAAACUGCAGAGAAGGCAGGACAGGACUCAUACCUUCUCACACAGGCAUACAGACAGGGAUUGUGGAAUGAGGAAAAAUUCGGAAAGGAAACAGGAGAGAAAUCGUCUUUAAUAAACGAGGAAAAAUGUCCUCACACCAUCGUAAGGAAGGAGAAAUCUGGGCUCGCGACACCAGCGAAACUCACAGAUGUUGAUCCACAGAAUAAAUAUGGAAGUAACAUUAAAUCACACUCUUGGGUACGUGGACAGAGUCCAGGGACUAAUCGCACAAAAAUUAUGGAUAUCGAACAAAAAAUCCUUGAUAAAGAGAAACCCUCACAAUUCGAGAGAAGGGAUGGAGAGAUACAUAUGCAAACAAAAACAUGUGAGACUGACAACUUCACAGAUAGAGGGAGGAAAAAUGUUAAAGUAAAGUCGACAGGACAUGGUACACUAAGGGCAGAGGCAAAAACUGAAGGGAAAUGGCAACACGAGCGACACGGCACUGGGCGCGCACACAAAAAAUGCACGCCACUUAAACACAAGCGACACAGCACAGACCAAAGUGACAGAUUACCUGAUGAUAACUUGUUUGAUGAUGACGCUGUCGGCAAUCAACUUUCGGAAUACCUAUUCACCAGUAAAACCCUUAAGUUGAUGGACAAGGCUCUAGUCAGAAUUCCCGAUUUUGACCCCCACAAUAAGUCCAUGGAUAUACAUACACAUAUCGCGACAGUGGAAGAGGAGGCAAUGAUUAGAGGGCUGAUGAGACGGGAUGAAAAAGCGAGUUUGUUGAAACGAAGCUUACAUAAAGAUUCUAUCCCAUGGGUAAAGUCACUACCACACAAGGUUAGAAAUGAUUUUAAACAAUUGAGCCUGGCAGUGAUUCGGAAGUUUGGAGAAUAUUCGACACUCACUGAGGGGUUUUAUGCUGUAAAAUCGAUGACCCAGGGCAUGGACCAAGAUCCACGUGACUACCUCGUCCAAUUUAAAAGAGCGUAUUACGCAGGCGAUGUGAAUCAAUACCACGAAGGAGAUAAAAUGUUCAAAAUUAUGUUUUUUGAAUCCUUGAGCCCAGAGAUUACAGAAAGGGUGAGGAUGGUUUUGAAUCCAGAAACCGCAUCCUUACGCCGCAUAGAGAGCAAGGCGUACAUGGCAUGGUUAUACAGAGCUAAGAAUCAUAAUUCGGAUCCAGAACACAGGGAGAGGGAUAAGGAACCCAGCCUCUCAGAGAGGAAUAAAAAUCACCGAUCAGUCCCACCAUGCAGGGAGCAGCAAAAACGCACGCACACAUGGCAAAAUAACCCAGAGAGAGGUUGGCACGAGAAAGAGAGCGGCACAAAGCCGAACAUUCAGGAGAAUCGCAGGAGGGAGAGGUUCAGAACAGAACCAUAUCAACACCCCAUCCCACGACACACGCAAGGUUCAAAUUACGCACAGAGAUGGCAAGAUAACCACCUAGCGGGAAGGUGUUACACAGACCGCGGAGGUAUGGAUGCGAACAUUCAGGAGAAUCGCAGGAUGGGAGGUCAACCACAAUCGAUCCAAUUCCGACCAAUUCCUCCACCGGCUAUACCAGGAGGGAAUAGAGGAAUAACACAGAAUGCGGUCCAAAUACAUGAUAAACAACCCACAGGGAGCGCGAGCGAGCGGCCAACACGCGCCCCACCCGCCGAGGUGUUAAACCCGGAGCUCAAUGGGAAAUACAGGCAAGCUGCAAGUGACAGGGCGGGCAAAAACGUGGACAGUGCUCCCGUAAAUGACGCGCGGAUCGAAUACAAGGACAGGGUUGCAUUGAAGCGUGAUCGGACAGUACAAAAACAGACAGCAGGGACACGCCCUGAGGAGCGCAGGCAUGAGCCUUUGAAUGGAAAAUAUCCAAGGGAAACCAAAAAUUAUGUGGAUCGGAGUGCUAAAAUGGAGACGAAUGUUCAUGACAUAUCGGGAAUGGUGUUGAAAUCUAACACACUCGUAAAAACAAAGAGGGCAACAUUACGAGGGACAGAAUUAAAUCGACACACUGACUCGGCAAAUGUGCAUGUAAUCGCAGAGAGAGCGAAUGCCUCGAACCAAGUGUCAAAGUGGGUCGUGUGCGCGAAUUCUGGUUAUGUGCAGCACAAUUUUUCACCACACACUCCCACGACGCGAGAGAGUGAGAGAGGAAACUACAAAAACGAACCCGAAAACCGUGAUCGAAUUAUCAAAGUGAUAAGUGGUAAACGAGGCAACAUGAGGAAGGUAACGCAUAAAUGCGUUCGAAACCGCUACCUAGCGUUUCCCAGGAUUUAACAAAAACAAAAAUGAAUAUUCGUCGGAGUUAUGAUGUAUGAGAACCAUGUAACUGGUGAUAUCGAUGUUUAACGUUUGUUUAAUUUUCUUUGCUCAAUUCAAAUGUAACCAUGUUAAGCAAAAACAAAAAUGAACAUUCGUCAGAGUUAUGAUGUAUGAGAACCGAUGUAACGCAAUAUCGAUGUUUAACGUUUGUUUAAUUUUCUUUACUCAAUUCAAAUGUAACCAUAUCAAGACUGUAAUACGUGCACGCGCGUCGUAAGAAAUAACCGCCGAGAGUGAGGGCGGCUGAUGGAUUUAUAACAAAAAAAAACAGGGCAUUUACUUUGUUUGAAAAUUCGCCAGUGGCCGAAUCAACCACUGAUAAUUUUCAAAAGGGCGGACUGUUGUAUCUAUGCCCUGUUUUCCGUUAUUAAUAUUAAGAAUAAUUAAGAAAAAAAUAUUUUUUUAACAUCUAUUUUUUUUAAAAAAUUAAAUAAUGAAAACAACUCACGGGCACACCGGGAGUCCAUGAGACAUGGAGGGCGGUUGAAAUGAUAGGAAUUCGGUCACAAAAAGGUCAUAGACAUCCAGACGGACAAAAAGAUGUAUGGACUAAACCUCCCGAGACAUCUGGAGAUGUACAGAUAAGGUGCAGAGUGAAUGACGGUUGAAGCUUCGCGUUUUCUUGGCGUUUUCCUAACCGAAAAGUAGAAACUUAACAGAAAGAAUGAACCAACAAACAAUAGGGGCUUUUUUAUUAGUAAUUCCCUUGUAUUUCUCGUAUUCACCGUAUAUAUAUUAUUUUUGUAUUGUAUGUUUCUAUCUACCUGACCAAAAAAAUAAUAAUUACGAAUUCCAACAGUUAAGGAAGCAUAAGUGGAAACUUAGUUGCACUUAACCUCAGGACAUUAAAAUAUAACUCAAGAAUAAAUGUAACAUACAGGACCACAUAAUGUAUUGCAUACAUCUCCUCGACCACCUUUGUCUUCCAGCGGUGUCUGACCUCAGAAUGACCCACGCAGGGCAAGCAAGGAGGGAUCAAAAAGGUCACAGGGGGGAAUCGGUGCCUGACAUUCCAAAGACAUCUGUUUUGUUGUUUGUUUUCUCUCGCAAGAGACGCGGAGAGAGAGAAGGGAGUCACGUUUAAGUUAGACACACACAGCGAACGAGCAGUCUGGGUUGAGUCGUGCUCAGUCUCGCAACUCGGCGUGCGACGCAGCGUUGCGACGGGGCUCGCAAGAGAGUUGGGGCAGAUCGUGCCUCGAGGAGAGAUGGAACGAGGAGGGGUCGUUCGAGUCGCAGAAGUCUGAGUUCAACCUGGGUCGGGGCUGGGUUUCAGCCGUGCUCCGGCUGGCGGAGCGUCGUGAGGAAACGAAACACCGAUGCUGAUAGCAGAUGUCGCUUCUCGCAGAACGAAGUUAAGUGCGAGUAAAGCUGGCAGCCGCACGAACAAGGGGAAGCACGGAGCAGAGAGAGAGUGACGAGUGACGACAAGCAAUCAACCUGUAAAAGGGCGGAGAUCGCCAAGCGUCGACCAAGCGAGCAAAGCAGAGAGCGCGAAGCAGUGGAGGAAGCCUGGUCAAACGGCUGCGAGGGAGAGGACAGCGCCAUCGAAUGCGCCGUGUGCCUGAGGGCACACCGACCAACGACCAGUGUGAACACACAAGACGUCCAGAUCGACCAAGCGAGCAUCGUGCCGACUCAACAAUCAAUCGAGCAGUGGAGAAG